AUGGUGCUCUCUUUGAUCACUCUUGCGGCCACCGUGCCUCUACUUGCAACAAGCACGAUCCAGCUGCAAGAACAAUCACAAGGCCAACAAGAAGAGGCCGAGCUCCUGCUGAAGACGGAGAAAUGCCACCUCAAUGGACGAGCGACAAGGAGAAUGACUGCCAAACGACAAGACCAAUUUAGGAACAUGAGGGUCGUCCUGCAAGACGGGUAUCUGCUGCUGGAGCCCAGAGCUGCAAGUCGGAAACAUCCUUUCACCGGUUAUCUUCUGCCGUUCCCAGAAAAAUCGUACGACGGCCUGGUCAGCACGAUUAAUGCCAACAAUAUGCUCAAUUGGAUCUUCAUCAACAAAGACACCUAUCGAUUACAGUAUGGGGUACGUGCUGAAGCUCAGACUCAAUGGACCGGUCCAAUGAGACUGGUUGGCGACCACAGUGAAUGGCGGGUGGCCUUCGACGGUUGGGAGGGAUUUGUCGCUGUCCAAGAGGGUGAGGACUGCUGGGCCUUGUAUUUUGACAAAGACGACAAUGGUUUAGCAGACAAGGUGAAGGAUCAGGCUGUCGUCGAGAUUGAGUUACUCCGGAGCGUACUUGAUGAGAAUAACAAAGGGAACGCCACUGGUUGA